CUAUUAAACUCCAAUUCUGAGUAAAAAACUAGCAGUUUGCGUCAAAAGCUCAACCCGUUCGCUUCGAAAUUUAAUAAGUGAUCAGGAUAUAGCAUCCAACUACAGUGCUUUGGUUAAAGUUUUCGACUUUUUAAAAAUAACCACGGUGAACUUGCCGAAAAGCUUACCGGUCUAACAAAAUGGACGAAAACGGCGAAUUUUUUCUUGACCACUACAGUCUUUUGGAAAUAAUGAAAUACGUGAUUAGUAAUCGCAAGUUGAAAGAGCCAAGAAAAGAAAAGAUUGAUGAUGAUUUAAUUAGCUUUGUGUUGGCCCAUGAAUUUUUCCUGCAACUGUUUGAAUCUCAUCACAAACUUUUGUACGAGGAUCUUCAGUUAGAUCUUGCGUGUAGGAUCACAAAGUUGCUAAUAGAUUUACGCGUCAAUGGGUCCUCAAACGAAAACGAAUUUUUCUGGAGAUCUCACCUGCAAUAUAUUAGAGAAAAAAGAAAUUUCAACGUUGAACUAUAUUUUGGGCAUCAAAAACACGUAAUCAUUAAAACAAAAGAAAUCUCUACGGACCUUACAAUCACCGAGGACUUAAUGAUAAGUGUUAAUGUUACUGGGAAAGAAUUAAUUGACAUCUGCACCUCCAUCCCGAAUUUGAGAAUGUUGCACUUGGAUAGUUCUGAAAUCCAUGGAAGUCUCCCCCAUACAAUACCCCAUUGCGAAAAUCUUGAGGAGCUGAGAAUUACAUUAAGCUCUGGAGGCUGUGCUGCCCAAUUUGCAUCGCUGGCGAAGUUACCCAAUUUAAAAACGUUCGUUAUCUCGGGAAUCCAAGCCAGCGGUUCACAAGUGCAAUUUUUUAAUGAUUUAAGAAAAUGGCACAGACCUACAAAUCUUCAACCAUUGACACUGAUCAUCGAAGAUUUUAUAAGCGGUAAAAGUCAGUCUAUAACGUUUGGGAUUUUUGAAUCGUUAAGACAUUUUAAGAUACACCAAUCUUUUAAGAAUGAACGUAUAAUUAGAGGCGAGUACGAUUUAAAUUUGGAAAACACUUGUGAUAAAGCUACAUAA